UGAACUUCUUGACAAACGCUGAUUCACCACAAAGUAACAUGGCUUCCAACUCUGUACGUCUUGGUUUCGAUUUAGAUUUAGUUAUGUUAAUUUUAUACUCGUAAAAUUGUGGUCUGUAAUUUUUUGCCUUUGAUAUCAACCUAGUCGAAUGCUGUUUUCAUUUUAUUUUACAGGGCGGAAGUAAGCUUGGAGAAGGAGAAAGAGAACAAUCCUUGAUUUCAUCACUGGAAUCGCUUUAUAAAGAACAUGAUCGUGAAACUGCGCGAAAAGCGAUAGAAACACUAUUAACACUAGCAAAGUAAAGCUACAACUAUUUAAUAUUUCGAGGAUUUAUACGGUUCAUACUCUCACAAGCUUGAUGUUAAACUCGUCUUCCACUACUUUGUUUGAUAGCUUGUAGUUAAGGCUAUGCUGAUAAUGAGUACGUGCUUUAAAAUUUUAGGAAAGUAAAAAUAAGGAGGACUGUUUUGAAGGGAGAUUUUCUGGAUCAUAAUGGGAGGUUGUAACUUAGAUGCCAACAGCGAAUUCCUCUGUCAAAGAUUUGAGUGUUAUUUCAUUUGUUAAUUGAUUUAUUUAGUUUUUACCUAUCUUCAAACAUGAUAUCACAUGAUUGCGUCUCUUUUUUCGACAGUAACAUAGUUAAAUCUCCAACAGAUGAAAAAUAUCGAAAGGUUAAAAAACAAAACAAGUCAUUUUCUGUAAGAGUGUGGCAGCUAGCAGAAGCUCAGGAGUUUCUUUUCAGUUGGGGAUGGCAGGAGGUACUGUGUAGUUUAUGUGAGAAUUAAAUCAAUACCACAAAGUUAAAUUCCAAAAAAUUGAAUUGAGGCUGAUUUGAAUUUUUGUCAAAAGCAAAAUUGUCUGAAUUUGCCUUUAGGAUGAUGACCAUGUUGUUCUUCCAUCAGACGAGGAUGUUCAACUUGUUAAACAAAUAUUAAUGAAGAAAUUGAAGUAAGCUUCUUUGUGUGUUGGUUUGUUGUUACCUGACUUAUACAAACGCUUACUCUCCUACCAUGAUGUAAAGAAUUAGAUUUUUCUCCCAUGAGAUUGCACCUUUAUCCACAGAAACUUUACUUUCCUUUUUCAGCAACAUUCCUUCAAGAUCGAGUUCAGGAGUAGCCUCUAAUUCUGAACCUGUAAGUCAUCAACCUUUUAAGUUUUUAAUUUUGCCAGAUUGUUUCAAUUUGAUCUUCUUUUAGAACAAUGCUCAAGUGUAUUAAAUUUUCUGAUAUUAAUACUGAGAGACCAGAGUUUUGGACAAUUCUCUGCUCACUAAGCAGAAUUCUGUUGCUAAGUUUCAAUGGCCCAAGCUAUUUUUCAGUUAUCAAGGGGGUAAGUUUUGAAAGAAACUGUGGUGCUGCAUUGCAACUUAGUUGAUAACAUAAAUUGGCCACCAUGAAAAGUUUUAAAGCUGACGUUUCAAGCAUUAGCCCUUCGUCAAUCACUCCGACAAAGGGCUGACUUCAUUCUAAAUGGCAUGGCUCUCAUGGCAAGUAUUCGUAGAAACUUUAUGGUAUUAGUGCCAUCAAGAAAAUGCAAUAAUAUUGUUUUGUUCAUAGUCACAAAUGUGUAAUACCAACCCUUGAAGCUUGUGAGGUUGAUUUUCAUUUAACAAAAACAGCUUACAGAGAGAGAAAGACAAUUACAAGAGGAAAGAAGGAAAGUUUUGGAAAAGAAAAAGUUUGAGGAUCAGGAAAAAGCAAGAAUCAAAACACAGGUAGGAAAAAAUUCUCAUUUAUAUCAAGGAGGAAGUUCUCUCAUUGUUGGAGCUAGAACUGGGUCCAUCACAGGGUAUAUAACUUUGCUCUGUUCAUGUCUUACUUGCACACAGAUCCAGGCUGACAGAAAGAACAUAAAAGACAGGGAAAUGAGAGAGUCAGUAAGUACCAAAGUGGUUAGAGUGUCUUCAACUUCUGCUUUGUAUAAACCUUGUAGAUCUCUAUUGAUUGUAUCCUCUCACAGAGAGCAAGAAAACCGGAAAAAUUUGGUGGAAAAAUAACCAAAUUUGGGGACAUUGGUGUGGAUCUAAACAAGGUAGGUGAUAUUCAUUAGACAAGCUUCCAUGUCUUCUAGAAUUACAGUGAAAAAGUAAAUGAUUUACUCUAUAAGUAUCAUAUUUCAUGUUAUUAAUUAUUACACUGCACAUGGACUAUACUUAGUCUGAGUGGAGCUGCAAAAGCCAAGCUGGGUGCACACAAAAUGAAAUGUGUAUGGUCUUUAGAGUAACAAGAUGGAGUUAGUUAACAUAAAAUUAUAAUUGUUAAGUAGUUGGAUGUAGUAAGUCAUUUUUUACUUCAAUUGGUAGGUGUCUCAAUCUGAUUGGCCAAUUUGCAGUUGUAGAUAAGAGUAUAGAUAACACUGCACAGUCAAUAUGUCACGGAAUUGUAGCAUGCUGAAAGAACGGUUUUAUUUGAUAUUAUAGUAAAAAACAAAGUGAAAGUGUUUUUAGCAUGGUCUCUACCCUUACACAGGGGUCAAAAUUUGGUACAGACUUACUCAGCUGCACUUCAAGAGACCACAUCAUUUUGACCACUGUGAUUACAAAUAUUGUUGUCGUUUAGAGUACAGACCAUAUCAAACCAUUGUCAAUUUGUCAGUUUGCAAAACUGCUUGACACCAUCAGGUAGUUUAACUACAGAGAAGGUCAUGAAAAAUAAUUGUAAUAUUCAGAUGUCUCUUGUAUUUUCAGGGUGGAGGAUGAGGAUAAGUUUUCUCUUGAUCCAAGUUCCAGGAAUUCAAAUAACUAUUUAAGGCUGCUACUGCUGACCACAGCAUAUGACAACAUCUCUGGAAAAGCUUAAUAAAGCUUCAGAGAUGUUUGAUGAAGCUGGGGAAUACAGAAUUUAAAAUUUAUUUCAAUUAAGUUGUAAUGGAUUGUUUUUACAUAGGACUUCCAUUUUCAUUUGCUCUCUUAGACUAUAGGAAAUGGACUCACUGGUUUGGAAAUGUAAUGUUGACAGUAAAUGUGAUGUGAGUAAGGCCUGUUAUAGACAACCUGCUUGUUUGCACCUAAUAAUGAAAUGGGAGAUUAAUUACACAAAAACUGGAAUUCUUACUCUUAAGCUCUGUGAC